AUGGCAGGCUUCUUCAACAAACUCAAGGGUGCGGGAAACACAACAUCGAGCCCCACCAGCAAAGAUGCGCCGAACAAGAAGGUCAAGGAAGAGCCAGCACCAGAGCUCACUCCCCUGGAGAAGAUGUUGCAGAAUGCCGGUCCGUUGAGGGAAGAUGGCACCGACAAGUUCUUUGGCCUCGAGAAUUUUGGAAAUACCUGCUACUGCAACUCGAUCGUUCAAGCAUUAUUCUACUCGGAAUCCUUCCGUGACCAUGUCAUCAAGUAUCCGCUACUCUCACCUACCGAUACCCCGAACGGAACCCGACCGAAGGUGAACGUGACGAUCCGGCCGCCCGUCGCAAAAGAGCCCCCGAACACCCCUGGUGCGAAACAGAAGGGCCUUAGUGCCUCGGAGUCGACGAGGCGCAGGCAGGCCAUAGCCGCGGGAAUGGUCCCUCCUGGCGCGCCAGCAAUACGCCCAGAAGAUAAGCCUGAUUCCCCAGAAUACAAGAAGAAGCAGGCCAUGAUCAAGGGUCCGAUUCUGGAGUUGGCGCAAGAAAACCCGUCCGCGUACGGCAUGGAAGAGUGUACAUUCACAGGGCUCAAGGAUAUUUUCCAAGCACUCAUUGAAAGCAACACGAGGACGGGCGUGCUAAGCCCACAGCGGUUCUUGGAAAUCUUCAAGCGAGACAACGAGAUGUUCCGAAACUCGAUGCAUCAGGAUGCCCACGAAUUCUACGGUCUCGUCCUCAACGACGUGAUAUCCAAUGUCGAGGCAAACGCCAAACGAGUUCAGGAGCGAGAGGCUGAGACGAAAGAUGGCCUGAUCCAGUCCGUGGAGAACGCUCUUGGGGCAGCGAACCUCAUGAACCGGUCACCAAACGGGAUGGGUUCGCCGGGAACUGGCUGGGUGCAUGACAUCUUCGAAGGUGUCUUGACGUCAGAAACGAAGUGCCUCACUUGCGAAACCGCUUCGCAACGAGAUGAAACAUUCCUGGACUUGUCCAUCGACUUGGAGGAACAUUCGUCGGUAACGUCUUGCCUGCGCAAAUUCUCGGCCGAGGAGAUGUUGUGUGAGCGUAACAAGUUUCAUUGCGACCAUUGCGGCGGACUUCAGGAGGCCGAAAAGCGAAUGAAGAUUAAGCGGCUACCGAAGGUUCUCGCACUGCAUUUAAAGCGAUUCAAAUACACUGAGGACUACAGUCGACUGCAGAAGCUCUUCCACAGGGUCGUGUACCCAUAUCACCUGCGCAUGUUCAAUACCACCGAUGACGCAGAAGACCCCGACCGGCUCUAUGAACUAUACGCCGUCGUCGUUCACAUUGGCGGAAACGCCUACCACGGCCAUUACGUCUCGGUAAUCAAGACUAAAGACCGGGGCUGGGUUCUCUUUGACGAUGAGAUGGUAGAGCCGGUUGACAAGCAUUUUGUUCGCAAUUUUUUCGGCGACAAGCCUGGAAUGGCUUGCGCCUACGUUUUGUUCUACCAGGAAACCACUUUCGAAAAGGUGCAAGCUGAGAUGGAGGCCGAGGGGCUGGAGGAAGUCAAGAUCGCCAGUGAAGCUGCCAACGUUGCUCAUGAGAACGGUCAGCCAAACGGCACAAAUGGCACGAAUGGCACAGCCCCGCUUUCGAAACAGUUCACGCAGCCCGUCAGUCAAACAGACGAACAGGAGCCGCUUCCGAGCCUCGCGCAUGCACAAACCGCCCCGGGUAAGGUGGAAGCUCCGCCGCCAGAAAAACUGCUUCCAGCGUACGAGAAGCGUGCCGCUCCUCCUGUUCCUACGAUUCCUGCUAGUAUUGCCAGGUCCAACACGGCGGCGAAGACGGACAAGUCCAAAGAUGACAAGAAGCGCGAGAAGAAGGAACAGGAAGCUGCGGAUAAGGCCCGGAAGCAAGCUGAAAAGGAGAAGGCGAAACAGAAGGAGAAGCAAGAAAGGGAGAGUAUGGCCCGGGAGAGGGAUGCCUAUCAGCGAGAACAGGACGACCUGCACAAAGCAAUUGAGGCCAGUAAGAAAUCAGCACCGGACGAUACCAAGAAGAAGGACUCGUCAAGUCCAGGCGGGUUCCUCAAUCGGUCGAGCCGGGCAAGUAAGUCGAUGAGCAGGAAGAGUUUUGGGUUCCUGAGCAAGGAUAAAGACAAGGGCGAAUCGCGCCAACCAUCAGAAAAUGGUCACAACGGCUCCGAUGGAUCACCAAACCAGCCAGAUAAGCCCAAGGAGUUGAAGGAGCGGUUCAGUUUCAAUCUUGGCAGGAAGAAGAGCGGCAACUUGCUUUCAUGA